UAUACGAAAUAUAUAAACGUGUUGCCCCGGGUCAAGUCGCAAGCGCGGACCGCUGUCGUCGGCGUUGGCGUUCAUGUCUCUUUACUUUCUUUCUCUCUCUACAUAUAUAUAUAUAUAUAUAUAUCCAUCUAUCUCCGUCAGAACUGUUACUGUGUUAUGUAUAUUUUAUACACUAUACGUGUAUACAUGGCAUUAUAUUUUUAACUGGCAAUAUCGACUAGACGGAUAAUAUAUUAUUAUAUACGCAAAUAGGGGUCAAGACAAUAAAUCGGGAACGACGGCGACGGCAUUAUCGGGUGUUAUACAACAAUAACAGCUUCCAGACAAUAAAAAACAAAAACGAUUAUUUUUCCUAUUUAUUAUAUAGAUUUACCGCGAGUGCUGGACAUUCGCGAACCGGGCGUGCCCCUGCGUGGGCAGAUAUACCUCGAGUGGGCACGCGACGACCACAGCGGCUUGUUCGAAAUGGCACACACCUGGACAUCAUACCGUGCGGACCGGUCGCGUCGCGUACUCCCGUGUCGCCCAUGCGUUGUCGUUUUCGAGUUAAUAAUCGCAAAGAUUGUGUCAUUAUAGCGUGGUGUUGAUGUUUGCGCCACCGCUGACCAGUGGCGUGUAGUAUUAUCAUCGUCGACUCCUAAGUCGUAUCACUAUUUUAUUUUAUUAUUGUUUUCGUUGUCGAUUACCGUCGAAAAUAAGGAAGACGACAGUCGAAAUGGAUUUCGGAUUGUGCGCCAUUGUAAUCCUUGCCAUUUUGGGAACAGUAGCAUCCAAAAUUGAUGGAGGAUGGGACACGGAACCGAACACACAGUACCAUAUACAGACAGACGAGGGGCCUGAAAGGUAUUUCAAGUAUCAAACCAUUAGUGGUCAAUACCGUAAAGAGAGGAGACUACAAGAUGGAAGUGUGGUCGGAACGUACGGCUGGGUAGACGCAGACGGUUAUUUGAGGCUUAACGACUAUGUAGCCGAUUCGAAGGGUUACAGAAUAGUGAAGAACAAGAAGGUGUUCGUCGGCACUCAGACGCCCGUCGGACAGGCCGUUUCGGUGGCCAAAUACGCGCCGCCCAUAGCCGGAACGGCCGUCUCGGCGUCGCCGUACCGGUCGGCCACGGCCGUCAACCGGCCGCCGGCCGUCGUAGCGAUCACCCAAGCGCCUCCCAGGGAAUCGUCGUGGCGCGGCUCGCCGUUCAUCUAUCCGUCCGACACGCAAUCGUCGCCACUGCGAUUCCCCGCCGGCGGCGGCGGUUCGCCGCCGCGUUCAGUGGCGUCACAGUUCCGGCGACCGCAGCCGAGCAGCACGCCGUCACCCGUCACCGCCGCCGCCGACUACUAUUCCGUGCGGCCGAUCGACGUCAACUCGAUCGCGACCAGCGGCGGCGAUAACGGAGACGGCGACGAUGACGCGCGACGACCUUAUCGACGUCGUUCGUCGUCGUCCACCGCGGCCACGGUCUCGGCGUCCACGGCCGCGGAACAGCAGCCGCUGUACGAACAACCGUUGCGGCCGCACACGUUCCGGCCGGCGUACCGGAAGGUGGUGGACUUGUCCGCCGGCACCACGCCCGGGCCGCCGACGGAACAGUCCGCCGAAUACGACGGCGUGUCGUUCGUCCGGAACGGCUUCAAGUACUAUCUGCCCCGGCACUAUCACGAGGAACAGUCGGACGACGCGGGCGACACGCGAACCGGAAGCUUCGGUUACGUGGACCCGUUCGGCAUAAGGAGGGUGGUGUACUACAACACGGCGCCCGGCACUGGGUUCGUGCACCGCAAGAACAACCGUUACGUGGGCCUAGACGCCGAGCCCUACGACCCGCGCCCGUCCCAGUGAUCGGGUGGCCAGGAGGCCCGCGCGCCGUAGGUCCGAUUGCAGAUAGGUCGUCGCGUAGGGUCUGCACGCGCGCGUGUUAUAUGUAAUAUUAUAUAUACAGCAGAACCAUAACAAACCAUAAUUCCGCAACCGGUCGCCGGGGGACGCGAGUGCAUAAAAAAUAAUAUUGUAGUCAUAUAUUGUGACCGGUGGCGUAUUUAGGCCGAGCUAUGUGUGUCCGACUUGGGGACCUUUAAUCGUUACGUUAAAAAAAAAAAUCAUCAAAACAUUUGUUUAUUAUUAUUAAUUAUUCAAAUCGAAUUUAUGUCGAAUCGUAACUCGACUCAAAAAUUAUUAUAUACUAUAAAAACGAUUCUACUUACUACUAUUUAUAUAAUAGUUUAAUGUCUGUGUUUAAGAAGAUCCCAAUUUCCUAUAAGCCUUAGGGCCGAUAACUCGCAGAAUACGCCACAGGCUAUAUAUCUAUCGUUGUGUCAUAUAUAUAUAUAAUGUUAUAUAGAUGAUAACGGUUGUAUUAUUAUUACUAUUAUUAUGCACAUGAGCCAUAACACUAAGUUUAAGUUUGAGUCCGCUCCCCUCCGGUGCAACGGUGCUCUUAGGUACCUAAGUAGUUGUAAAGGUGAUUAGUGUUAAUGUUUUAUUUUUUUCUCUCCCCUUACUACUAUUUUCUUUUGUCGCCUAUUUAAUAAUAAUGAUUUUAGAACAUAACUAUAGACGUCGCACGAAGCUCGUCGUUUUAUAUAUAGAAAAACUCGCAAUUUAUUAGAAUAUUAUACUACACACUCGGAGACUAUAGGUGGGCGUGUGUUACGACUGGAGACUUGAUACGAAUCGCACAAUAAAAUACGUAAUAUUAUGUGUAUAAUUAUUUUCAAAACAUCGCCAUUAUAAAAAAAUAAUGUCACCGUUCUUAACGGUGACGAAAACCAGUAUAGGCUGAGUGUAGACUAUAAAGACACUAAUCAAAGUGCAGCAUAAUAAAUUAUUUUAACUAUUAUCAUACGUAUUGCCGUGCUCAGUGGUGUAUUAAUAAAAUUAGUAGAUCAAACAGAUUAACCGCUGAUAACGAUAUACUAUUAUUUUGUCAGUUACUGAGAGCCAAAUCGUUAUAAGGAAAUACUUAAUAGUUUCAAAAAUAAAAAAUAAAAAUGAGAUAAUUCUUUUUUUAUGUUAUUGAUGAAAAUAUUGAUACAAUAUCCGUAUUGUAUUUGAAUGGUUCUAAAUACACCACUGAAACACUGCGGUAAGUAUUUGUACAUAGAAUAAUGCAAAUAUUUUCAAAAAUCGAACGUUAGUACGAAUUAUAUGUUUAAGUCUCUUUUUAUAACUAUGCCUCAAUCUCGUUAAUGUGUGCACAGCUAGUCAAAAUGAGUAUAACUUUAAUUUUAUUUAUUAAUUUAACGAUCAAUGUAUUUUAAUAUCUGUUUUUCGAGGCUACUAUUUAUGCUACAGAUCCGCUGCAUCACCUGAUCAGAAUAAUCGCGUAUAAUCAUAUUUAGUAUUCCCAAAUACUAGGUAUUAUCUGUCCGAAUUAAUGUAUUUUUUUUUUUUUUAUCUAUAAUGAUACAUUGUCAAAAUAGUUCUCGUCCAGUCUGAACGGACUUGAAACAAUAGAAUCACCUAUGUUGAAACCUGUGAACGUAAUAGGUACGAAUCUCACAGAUUGCACAACUACGGGUGAUUAUUUUAGCCAUUGUGUACCACAGCCAAUAAAUCUAUACUCCAUUGUCUUCAAUCGGCAACUGUUUGCCAUAGUAAAUUACACUUAUUAUA